AUGAGUGCAAGAGAUCUGUUCCUUCCUAUCUAUCUAUCUGUCUAUCUAUCUCGAUCUAUUCAUAUCUAUCUCAAUAUAUUCAUAUCUAUCUAUCUAGCUAGCUAUUAUCUAUCUCGAUCUUCUAUCUCGAUCUGUUCAUAUCUAUCUAUCUAUCUAUCUAUCUAUCUAUCUAUCUAUCUCUAUCUAUCUAUCUUCUAUAUCUAUUGGGUCAAUCUACUAUCUAUCUAUCUAUCUAUCUAUCUAUCUAUCUAUCUAUCUAUCUAUCUAUCUAUCUCUCGAUCUAUUCAUCUAUCUAUCUAUCUCAAUCUAUUCAUUCAUCUAUUCAUCUAUCUGAUUAGUCUAUCUAGUUCAUUAUCUCUAUCUCGAUCUGUUUAUUCAUAUCAUCUCAAGAAUAUCUAUUCAUCUAUCUAUUCAUCUAUCUAUCUAUCUAUCUAUCUAUUCAACCUCUGUUUCAUAUCUAUCUAUCUAUCUAGGCUAUCUAUCUCGAUCUGUCUAUCUAUUCAUUCAUCUAUCUAUCUAUCUAUCUAUCUAUCUAUCUCAACCUGUUCACAUCUAUCUAUCUAUCUUUAUCUAUCUAUCUAUCUAUCUAUCUAUCUAUCUAUCUAUCUAUCUAUCUAUCAUUAUCUAACAUUAAAGACAGGUAACGUAGAGGGUCUUUUUUUUUUCUUUGUGGAAACUGCGUAA